UGGAAAAGUUUAUUGUUGGUAAGGAGAUACAUUCAUUCACUUAGAUGGUGUCUGGUAGUACCUGUAGAACACGUCAGUAGUGCCAUACUAAGGCUAAGGAAGUACACAGUGGAGUACUUCACCACACUUAUAUUAUGUGAAUACACAACACAUUUCAGCAAGUCUUCCAUGCACCCUCAACACAUUUCAGCAAGUCUUCCAUGCAUCCUCAACACAUUUCAACAAGUCUUCCAUCCAUCCUCAACACAUUUCAGCAAGUCUUCCAUAUAUCCUCAACACAUUUCAACAAGUCUUCCAUGCAUCCUCAACACAUUUCAACAAGUCUUCCAUCCAUCCUCAACACAUUUCAGCAAGUCUUCCAUACAUCCUCAACACAUUUCAGCAAGUCUUCCAUCCAUCCUCAACACAUUUCAGCAAGUCUUCCAUGCAUCCUCAACACAUUUCAGUGAGUCUUCCAUGCAUCCUCAACACAUUUCAGCAAGUCUUCCAUACAUCCUCAACACAUUUCAGCAAGUCUUCCAUGCAUCCUCAACACAUUUCAGCAAGUCUUCCAUGCAUCCUCAACACAUUUCAGCAAGUCUUCCAUGCACCCUCAACACAUUUCAGCAAGUCUUCCAUGCAUCCUCAACACAUUUCAGCAAGUCUUCCAUGCAUCCUCAACACAUUUCAGCAAGUCUUCCAUGCACCCUCAACACAUUUCAGCAAGUCUUCCAUGCAUCCUCAACACAUUUCAGCAAGUCUUCCAUGCAUCCUCAACACAUUUCAGCAAGUCUUCCAUGCAUCCUCAACACAUUUCAGCAAGUCUUCCAUGCACCCACAACACAUUUCAGCAAGUCUUCCAUGCACCCUCAACACAUUUCAGCAAGUCUUCCAUACAUCCUCAACACAUUUCAGCAAGUCUUCCAUACAUCCUCAACACAUUUCAGCAAGUCUUCCAUACAUCCUCAACACAUUUCAGCAAGUCUUCCAUGCAUCGUCAACACAUUUCAGCAAGUCUUCCAUCCAUCCUCAACACAUUUCAGCAAGUCUUCCAUCCAUCCUCAACACAUUUCAGCAAGUCUUCCAUCCAUCCUCAACACAUUUCAGCAAGUCUUCCAUCCAUCCUCAACACAUUUCAGCAAGUCUUCCAUGCAUCGUCAACACAUUUCAGCAAGUCUUCCAUGCAUCCUCAACACAUUUCAGCAAGUCUUCCAUGCAUCCUCAACACAUUUCAGCAAGUCUUCCAUGCAUCCUCAACACAUUUCAGCAAGUCUUCCAUGCAUCCUCAACACAUUUCAGCAAGUCUUCCAUACAUCCUCAACAUUCCCUCUUUCCUUCCCCUCACAUUAAAUACUUUCAUCUGUGUAACUUUCGGCCAGCCUCUCAAUAACCUUCUUUCGAUCUGCUUCACCUCAAUUUACAUUAUGAUUAUAACUUCCUGGCACUCCUCAGAAGAUGGGAGUCAAUGUUCUCAGAUACUGCAAGCUACAGGAGAGCCUGGGUGGGCUGUAUAAAUUGCUAUUGUAUGAAUGAAAUAGUUUAAACUUACUAGAAAGGAUGUCUAUUAGAAACAAUGGUGAAAAAUGUGAAACUUUAACCCUUUCCAUCUGUGACGCAAACAUCGGCGUCAGGGUAUGGAAAGGGUCAAGAGAGAAUGGAAGAGGAUUAAUUCUCUGCUAAACCUCUCAAUCCUCCUCUAAAUUCCUCUUUCAUUUCCUCUUAAAUGGUUUAGAAGAGGAUUAAGAGGAAAUGGAAGAGGAUUAAGAGGAAAUGGAAGAGGAUUAAGAGGAAAUGGAAGAGGAUUAAGAGGAAAUGGAAGAGAAUUAAGAGGAAAUGGAAGAGAAUUAAGAGGAAAUGGAAGAGGAUUAAGAGGAAAUGGAAGAGAAUUAAGAGGAAAUGGAAGAGGAUUAAGAGGAAAUGGAAGAGGAUUAAGAGGAAAUGGAAGAGGAUUAAGAGGAAAUGGAAGAGAAUUAAGAGGAAAUGGAAGAGGAUUAAGAGGAAAUGGAAGAGGAUUAAGAGGAAAUGGAAGAGGAUUAAGAGGAAAUGGAAGAGGAUUAAGAGGAAAUGGAAGAGAAUUAAGAGGAAAUGGAAGAGGAUUAAGAGGAAAUGGAAGAGGAUUAAGAGGAAAUGGAAGAGGAUUAAGAGGAAAUGGAAGGGGAUUAAGAGGAAAUGGAAGAGAAUUAAGAGGAAAUGGAAGAGGAUUAAGAGGAAAUGGAAGAGGAUUAAGAGGAAAUGGAAGAGGAUUAAGAGGAAAUGGAAGAGGAUUAAGAAGAAAUGGAAGAGGAUUAAGAGGAAAUGGAAGAGGAUUAAGAAGAAAUGGAAGAGGAUUAAGAAGAAAUGGAAGAGGAUUAAGAGGAAAUGGAAGAGGAUUAAGAGGAAAUGGAAGAGGAUUAAGAGGAAAUGGAAGAGGAUUAAGAGGAAAUGGAAGAGGAUUAAGAGGAAAUGGAAGAGGAUUAAGAGGAAAUGGAAGAGGAUUAAGAGGAAAUGGAAGAG